UUCAUUUGCCCCCAGCUUUCAACAAAGACGAAAGGUACGUGAUAACAAAAAAGGAAUUAUGUUGCAUAAUUACCAGCAAAUCAGAAUUUCUUGAAUUGUCUAAAUGAUAUGAUUUCGUUCACUAUGACUGUUACACAGCUUAAAGGUUUAGAAGAAAGACUUGGUCUAGAAAUGUUUUUCAAGAAAAAAUUGAGAUUUCUAUUUUUUUGUCUUCCCAAUUGUGCACAUGAAAUUAGCUGUGAGAAAAGUGAACCUUUUUCUGUUUUGCAUGUCGUAGUGUUUUGAUCAACCUCAUCUUUAACAUUUAUAAAGUCAUUCUUGUGUGUAAAAGAAGAAAAAAGAAAUAAGGAAACAAGUGGUUGAAUGUGGUAAAACAUAAAAACCUUAUUUGUGCCAAAUGCUGUACUAUUUAUAGUUAGUUUUGGCCGCGUUGUGGUCCUCCCUAAAAACGAGGAAGUUUCCCAGCCAUUGUUUAUAUGUCAUUGAGUACAAAAGCUGGAAACCCCAGAACACUUUAUAGCAGCGAUUAAUUUAAAAAGUGUUGAGUGUGUUGUUUUUUAUUAGUAAAAGUAGUAUGCAUUUUUUGUUUUUUCAAAAUAUCACACAAGCCUUUGCGUAAUAAUAUUUGUUUACUUUGUCUUUGUCCCUUUAUAACACAAGUUGAACUCCAAGAUGAACUCCAAGAUGAAAUCUGAGCUCACUAAUGAGCAGCAAAAAGCAAUCUGCUCUCAGCUGGGAAAUGCUAUGAAAUUGAAUUUGAUCUACAAAGCCAGCAUCCAUGGUUUCACUGGUGCAGCUUUCCACCAACACUGUGACAACAAGUCACCCACUGUGUCUGUGGGCUAUAACAAAUCUGGAUUUGUGUUUGGCGGAUACACCAGACAAUCGUUCAGUCAGUCUGGACAGUUUGUAAAUGAUAAUCAGGCCUUUGUGUUCUCCUUCAGUGGAGAAAAGCUCAACAAAUACCCAGUCACUGAUCCUUUGCAUGCAGUGAAAAUGACAAAGAGCAGUGGUCCUAACUUUGGGGACACACUGAUUCUUGUCUAUGACAAUAAUCGGAAAUUGUACAGCAAUCCUGGAAGUCCUAGAAGUUCGCUGUAUAAUAAAUACUACACCUUCACUGCUGAAGAGAUGCAUGGCAAUAACUUGGACCUGUCUGACUGCGAAGUUUACCAGGUGGAAGAAUGCAUCAAAUUUGAAAAUCCAUGGAGAGAAGUGACUUGGAAGUCUGAGGAAAAGAAGAAGUUGAUGGAGAGAAUUAAAUCCUACAAACCUUCGAUCAGCUCUGUGCCUGCAGCCCGGGUUUUACUUGUUGGAGCAGUUGGAGCAGGAAAGUCCAGCUUCUUCAAUUCUUUCAAGUCUGUAUUCAGAGGUCAUGUCACCGGCCAGGCCAUGGCUGGAACCUCCUACACCAGCGUGACAAGACGUUUUCGCACCUUAACAGUGAAAGCUGAACGUGAUGGCCAACUUCUGCCAUUCGUCAUUUGUGAUACCAUGGGACUGGAGUCAAAAGAAGGGGCGGGGCUUAAUCCUGAUGAGAUCAGUAACAUCAUCAAUGGUCACAUACCUGACAAAUAUCAGUUCAGCCCCUCUGAUUCACUGCAACCUGAAGCUCACGGUUUCUGCAAGAAUCCAGAACUCAAAGACAAGAUCCACUGUGUGAUCUAUGUCGUUGAUGCCAGCAAGGUCUCCAUCAUGUCCCAAAAUAUGGAGAAGACACUGAAAGCUAUCCGUGAGACAGUCAACUUGUCAACGAUCCCUCAGCUGGUGUUGCUCACUAAAAUAGAUGAAGCCUGCCCUCUGGUGAAAGAAGAUAUCACAAAUGUCUACAAGAGCAUAUAUGUCAAGGAAUUAAUGGAGGAGGCUGCAACUCGUAUCGGUGUAUCUUUGUCCUGCGUUAUUCCAGUGAAGAACUACAGUGAGGAGCUGAAACCAGACAUGAACACCGACAUCCUGCUGCUCAAUGCGGUCGAUCAGAUACUUAACUUUGUGGAUGACUUCUUUGAUGAGCAAGAGUCUGAAUGAACAGUAAUGGAGUCCUCCUCUUUGUCUGUUGGCCUCUUUUCUCAGAGGUCAACACAGCAAAUCAUGUCUCUAGACCUAUCCUCUUUAGACUCUUCACUCACAGCAAUGAUCUUUCUGUCCUUAUGCAUCCAUGUACCUCCUUUUAGAGCUUCCUCUUCUCUUUAUAGCAAAUAGGGGUUAAACGUGAAGGGGAAUUUCACUCCUUCAUCUUUAGGGGUACUUAUUCCCUUACUUUGCUUAAAGAAUUCAGAUGUGUCAAGAAUGCAGAAUCAGUGGCAGAAUUCUGACAACUGGAUUUCAUUUUCUAAAUUUUUUUUUUUUCGUUUUAUGAGUCGAAACUUUAAGUAAAAAUAAACUAACACUUUAAAGGUGCCAUACCACGCAAAACCAACUUUUUGAGCUUUUGUUAUAAAUGUUUUUACUCCUCAUGGCAGAGAGGGAAGAAGAGGUAUGUUAAAAUGAAUAUGUGAAUAUGUUCUACAAUUGCUGGUAGUUUGUGGUGGAAGGAAUGGUGAGUUAAUUGUGGGGUAGAUAAAUCAUGAUUCACAAGUCAGUAAAGUGACUUCGAAAGCUUUGAGCAAUUCAUUCAUGACUUGCACAUCACUAGUUGCCACAAUGAGCACUCAUGUCAGCAUCAGCUGCCUGGUGGAACCCCUCAAUCAUCUGAUCCACUCCUGCUGAUCCAACCCUUAGCUGGCCGAGUUACUGAAAAGAAAACUAACAGAACAAAAAACAAUGAGUAAAACUAGAAGGCUGUAAGAUUUUAAUCAAGAAGGUACUGAAUUUGCAUGUUUUUUUAAUUGUGGUUUGGUGAAACUAACAUCUUGAAUCAACUAAUUUUCCUAAACGAAAUAAAGGCAGCUCUCUCUUGGAGGAAAAUUAGCAUCAAAUAUGAGUGUCCAUAAACAUUUGCACCACUUUUGGUGCUAAAUUUGCUUUGUGCUAUAAAUACUUUGUGCAUCCAGUAAAAGUUACAUACCAUGACCGGGACAGAGCAAGAGCUAACCCUAACCUUUUGAUAGAUACCGAAUCUGAUUUCACACAUUUUGGAGGUUUCAAUUUUUACUGGGGUUAUUGGUUUAAAGGGCCUUUAUCAUGCAAAAAUCAACCUUUUACAAGCUUUUAAGUCUAUUGUGAUGUUAAAUCCUAAUGAAAAAUGCUUCCAAAAACAGCAUUUUGCUACAGAGGAAUGCUCUCCAACCCUGGUCUCUAAGCACCAGCUGAUCUCAGUCCCAGAGAAUGACUGGGUCUCCAUGUUCAUAGGUAUAACGUGGGGGAACAGCCAUUUCCAGGAAGAGUCUGCACUGACUGCACCAACCCCAGGCUAACACACACCCACACACACACUUUCUACGUAGAGCUAGCAAUGAUCAGCAAAAUGCUUUCACAAUAUGCACAUCAAUCUUUGCAGGCUCUAGUCUAGGUUGUGGUAACGAAAUGAGCGACACCCAACAAGUGUGAAAGGUGAUGACUCAGAGAUUGAGUCGUCUUACUUCAGGGGUAGGAAAAUGAACUCGUAAAAAUAUAUAUAUAUAUAUAUAUAUAUACUCAAAUUUAGUCAAAAAUUGCUCUUUAGUGUGCCAAAGCUAAUAAAGAUGAUCUUGUAUCGAGAUAUAGUUUACUCUAAAAGACUUAGAUGAUAUAGGUACUUUAAUUAAGAACUAGGAGAAGAGAAGAAUGUCGUCUUUUUUUGUGUUUCUUCUCUUUUCCUGACUCAGGUCUUUUUUUAAGAGUUUUUCCUUACCGGUAGGGAGGAUCUAAGGGAAUGGAUAAACAGUUUUAUUUAGUCUGUUUAGUCUUUAGCUAUUGUUCUUAUUUUAUGACUAAUUUUCUGCAUCUGUAAAGUUACUGACAUAAAGGCCAAUGAGGCAAAUGUUCUUUGUGAUCUUGGGCUAUAUAGAUAAAAUUGAAUUAUUUCUCAAUCGACAGGGUUGGGCUUCUAGUUGAUGCUUGAUGUCUCAUUGGUUUGAUAAAGCUUCCCAUUUUUUUAUUUCAGUUUUACCCAACUGUUUUUUUUUUGUUUGUUAUCAAUUAUUUCUGUUAAAUCUGUUGUCAAAGCAUUUUCAAAAAUAAGUGUUGCCAAAUUUGAGGUAUGGAGUACCUUUUGCAUGAUCUAAAUUGUUUUUUCUUUUGCUUUUCUGUGUGGUGGAAAAUUUAUAAGUUCUGAUGGAAUAAAGAAAUGUUUGUCAAACAGUUUCAAGAAUGUUAAUUAAACAGAGUAGAGAAAGAGUACACGCUUGCAAGCAUGAAGAAGUCUAAUGAACUAGUGUAGAAUCUUUGGAAUAGAUACAGUUUUACUAAAACGUGAAGUCAAAUAUUUACACUUGGGAGCAUCAGGGUCAAUGUAUUAAAACAGGAGAGGAAGAGACGUUACAUGAUUUUUACAUAAUUUUGCAACUUAAAGUGUGAGGAGAGUAAACUUUUCUUUGUCAUUACUCCAAGAUCAACCAAUCUCAUCUUUAACAUUUUUAAAACUAUGGCCUUUUAGUAAAAAAAAAAA